UGGUAUAUAAUUUCAUUUUCACUAUUAGAAAAAGUGGUAUAUCACUCAAUGCUUCCGUGAGAACUGGACUCAGCUUGCUGCUAUGAUUUGAUCGGAACACUCAAUUUUCGCCGCUGAAAUCUUUAUUCAACAGUUAAAAAUGAGGCCUACAAUGAUGCUUAGGGCUCUCAACAAGCAGUUCAUUGGAUUGUUCUCGGACAAAAGCUUGACUAGUGCAUCCAAUGCUGCUGUGAAGAAGCCACUGCCGCUCGUGGCCUCUCGCAAACCAGCGUUCAUUGAUGCAUUCCUUCACAAGAUGAAAAACAACAAGACCCUUCUCAUGAACAAGACCAUUUGGUCUCGGAGAUCCACCAUCUUGCCCGAAUUUGUGGAUACCACUGUCAGAAUCUACAAUGGCAAAACCACCGUUCGCUGCAAGAUCAAUGAGGGAAAAGUUGGUCACAAAUUCGGGGAGUUUGCACUCACCAGGAAGCGCAAGACCAGAGAACAACAAUCCAAUGCUAAGAAUGUCAAGCCCAAGAAAAAGAAGUGAUUUUUUUAUCCGGGUCUUGGAGAUUCCAAACUGAUGGGUAUUUUUGUUUGAGAACAUUUAUUUAGAUGAUGGUGGUUGUUUCGUAGGAACACUAUGUUGUUGUAGAAUGUUUAACAAUUUUGCUUUCAGAUAGUAAUAAUAUGACAGAGCGAUUCCAUGAAA